AUGCCUGGCUCGCUCGACAAGACGCGCAAGCAAAUCUCCAAGAAGCGCAAUGGUGUCAUCAACUCCCUCCAUGCGAAAUCGCGAGACUCUUUGAGGCUCCACAAGGCCGCUGUGAGAGACCAGCGGAUUGUGAAGCAGGCCGCCACGAGGAGAAAGAAAGACCAGCCGCUCGUCGACCGAGUUGCCUUUUUCCAGCAGGCCCUGCGUGUCAAGGAUGCCGAGGAUAUCGCGGUUGCUCCCGAGCUUGAGGAGGUUCAGCGCAUGAUUCACUCUUUCGUUCAUCAAUAUGACGAGGAGUACCUCAACAUCAAGAAGAACCGUCGUCCUGGCCGACCCGCCAGCAUGAGGGAGGACCUUCUAAGGGACACGAAAUCUACUCUCGACACUGAGUACAAGAAUGGAUUUUUGAUGCCAGACUUGCUAACAAUUGAGAGUGUCAACGCACUCCAUCUUUGGGAAGGUUCUUGGUCUUAUCUCCCACAACUAAAAUGGGUCAAGGUGACGAGCGAGGGGGAGGUCCGGCCUGCCACUUUCCCGUCAUCAUAG